UUCUACCGUCCCUUGUUGCCACAACGUAGAUUAUCAUCCUCUCUUAUUAUCCAACCCAAGUAUGACCUUACACCAAUUUAUGCCGAAUUACCUAACGAUUCAAAAGCUAUGCCGAAAAUCGCGAAUAUGGUUGUGGCUAUCGUGAAGGAUUUGGAGGAGGCAAAGCAACGUGAAAUAAUGGCUUUGGGGGAGGCAAAGCAACGUGAAAUAAUCAAUGUAAUUGAAAAAAAAGAAAGUGAAAAAUCGGAUUUAAGGAACCAUAUUACGCAUCUUGAGAUUGAUGUAAAAACGCGCACCGAAUCUCUUUUACGAUCAAGAAGGAUGUGUAAUGUGAGAGGUGCUUUAGAGUUUAUCAGAUCAGAGAUUCGGUCACAGCACAAGACUGUCUCGUUUCGCGAACCUACAGACAAUAUUUUGAUGGGGCUGACUAAAGAUACAAAGUUUGUAUCAGUCUUACAGCAAACAUGCACACUUAAUAAUACUCAAUACAAGGAUGUCCAAAAAUGCAUGGGGGGUCUCUAUCACACUGCAUCAAAACAGUUGCACG